GCGGGGUGGGCGAAGAUGCCGCUGCCAGUUCAGGUGUUUAACUUGCAGCAGCCAGCCAGCUCUGUGUCAGGGUCGGGGGGUGCAGAGAGUCAGGACAGAAUGCGGGGUGGCCCGGCCCCCCGCGCGGCCGCGUCGUCAGUGGCAGAUGUGCACUGCGCCCCUCCCAGCGGUAGGUCAGAGCUCUUCCUGCCGGGCACGGCCGGGGACUUCAGCCUGAGCGCCAGCCUGUCGGCCUGUACGCUGCUUUAUGAGGGGGCCGUGGAGCCUAUGCAGAUUGAUGUGGACCCCCAGGAGGACCCGCAGAACGCGCCCGAUGUCAACUACGUUGUGGAGAACCCCACCCUGGAUCUGGAGCAGUACGCGGCCAGCUACAGUGGCCUGAUGCGCAUCGAACGACUGCAGUUCAUUGCUGACCACUGCCCCCCGCUGCGGGUGGAGGCCCUGAAGAUGGCCCUGUCCUUCGUGCAGAGGACCUUCAACGUGGACAUGUACGAGGAGAUCCACCGCAAACUCCUGGAGGCUGCCAGGGAGCUGCAGAAUGCACCCGACGCCAUCCCUGAGAGCGGUGUGGAGCCCCCACCCUUGGACACAGCCUGGGUGGAGGCCACGCGGAAGAAGGCCUUGCUGAAGCUGGAGAAGCUGGACACGGAUCUGAAGAACUACAAGGGCAAUUCUAUCAAGGAGAGCAUCAGGCGUGGCCAUGACGACCUGGGUGACCACUAUCUGGACUGUGGGGACCUUAGCAACGCCCUCAAGUGUUACUCCCGGGCCCGGGACUACUGCACCAGCGCCAAGCACGUCAUUAACAUGUGCCUCAACGUUAUCAAGGUCAGCGUCUACUUGCAGAAUUGGUCUCACGUGCUGAGCUAUGUCAGCAAGGCGGAGUCCACCCCGGAAAUUGCCGAGCAGCGUGGGGAGCGUGACACCCAGACUCAGGCCAUCCUCACCAAGCUCAAGUGUGCAGCAGGCCUGGCUGAGUUGGCCGCACGCAAGUACAAGCAGGCUGCCAAGUGCUUCCUGCUGGCUUCCUUCGAUCACUGCGACUUCCCUGAGCUGCUCUCCCCCAGCAACGUGGCUGUGUACGGUGGCCUGUGCGCCUUGGCCACCUUUGACCGGCAGGAGCUGCAGCGCAAUGUCAUCUCCAGCAGCUCCUUCAAGUUGUUCUUGGAGCUGGAGCCACAGGUUCGGGACAUUAUCUUCAAAUUCUAUGAGUCCAAGUAUGCCUCGUGCCUGAAGAUGCUGGACGAGAUGAAGGACAACCUGCUCCUAGACAUGUACCUGGCCCCCCACGUCAGGACCCUGUACACACAGAUUCGCAACCGGGCCCUCAUCCAGUAUUUCAGCCCCUAUGUGUCAGCUGACAUGCGCAAGAUGGCCACAGCCUUCAACACCACAGUGGCGGCGCUGGAGGAUGAGCUGACGCAGCUCAUCCUGGAGGGUCUCAUCAACGCCCGCAUCGACUCCCACAGCAAGGUGGCCGGCCUCAGGGCUGUGGGGUGGGGGAGGGAGACUCUGGGCCCCACUGAGCCCUGCACCUCCACAGAUCCUAUAUGCCCGGGACGUGGAUCAGCGCAGCACCACCUUCGAGAAGUCUCUGCUGAUGGGCAAGGAGUUCCAGCGCCGUGCCAAAGCCAUGAUCCUGCGGGCGGCUGUGCUACGCAACCAGAUCCACGUCAAGUCCCCUCCCCGGGAAGGGAGCCAAGGAGAGCUGACGCCGGCCAACAGCCAGUCCCGGAUGAGCACCAACAUGUGAGGGCACCCUCGGCCUCCAGGAUGGUCUGCACACCUCCCACCCUGCCCCGCCCCCCCACCCUCGGACUCCUGGGCCUCCCAUCUGCUCCAGCAGCACUUCCAGAGGUGUUGCCUGUGGCCCACUUGUAGGGGCCUGGCUGCUGGCUGAUGCUAGCCCUCGGCCCCCUGCCUGGGCUUCCAUGUGCCCAGAUUCUUGUGCCCCACCUCCCCCUUGCUGCACCCUGUGCUGGGGGCGCUGGGGAGGGGGUGGGCUUUCCUGGAAGGAGAGGCCUGCUGGGCUCACCCACGUGGCGCUGGGGCCCCCACCCGGCAGCACUGUCUGUCUCCCAGCCUCCAUGUUGAUGUGUCAUUUGGGGUUGUAGCAUUAUUGAAUCUUAGUCCAUUAAAGGGCAGCCUGAGAACA